UAGUACCCUUUUGACGUCAGGAUAUCUUUACAAUGUCAGACAAGGAAAUAGCUGCUGCUAAUAUAGCAUUAUAUAGGCCUGCGAACUAUGCUUUAAGAGGGAGAAAAAAGAUACAUUUUUAGCAUCUGGGUGUUUAUUGCAAAAGUCUAAAAGGUGUCAUCUCUUUUGUUUGUGUGUGUCUGUUUGAAAGACCUGAAACUUGCUUUGAUGGGCUUCGUUUGCAGUUACAUCUAUAGGGCUCUGGAGGAAUUCAUGGCUAUGACAGUUUUAAUAUGACAUUUGCUUUUCUUGGGCAUUGAAUUUUUCCAUUGUUACGGGGCGUUAAUGCAUAAACUGAGUGAAAAAGAGCUAUUUGUACGAAGGUUUUGAUGGUUUAAGGGUCGGCAAUGGCAUCAACUUCUUGUGACAAGCAGAGUCCGGUGCCUAUGAAAGAACCAGUGAUGAGCUAUCUCCAGUACCCAGCACCUCUUGCAAGAUAUGAGGAUGUUGUUGCCAGUCCUAAGCUUUUCAUGGCUACGUUGGAGAAGCUCCAUGCUACUAUGGGUACCAAGUUCAUGAUCCCCAUUAUAGGUGGAAGGGAGUUGGACUUGCAUCGGCUCUUUAUGGAGGUAACUUCUCGUGGUGGUCUUGAGAAGGUUAUUAGAGAGAGAAGAUGGAAGGAAGUGACUACCAUUUUCAACUUUCCUUCUACCGCUACAAAUGCAUCUUUUGUGCUGCGCAAAUACUAUGGCUCCUUGCUUCACCACUAUGAGCAGAUUUACUUUUUUAAAGCCCAGGGCUGGACUCCUGACUCAUCUGUUCCCUUGCACAGCUCAAUGGUAUCACGGGUUCCAGCACAAGUGACUGUGCAGCCAUCACCGGAGUAUGAAGCAGCUACAGCCCAGCAACAAAAGACAAACACUGCAGAGUUGUGUGGAGCUAGGGCAGUAUCAUCAGGAAGUUCUCAAGUGACUGGGGUAAUUGAUGGGAAGUUUGACAGUGGAUAUCUUGUUACUGUAACAAUAGGGACUGAGAAGCUCAAAGGUGUUCUUUAUCAGGCACCACAAGACCAAUCUUGCCAAGUGCCACAGCAUUAUAAUGUCUCUGCCAACGAUACUGGUAAUGCUCAUGCUGUAUCAGGCACACAACGGCGCCGGCGCAGAAAGAAAAAUGAGAUAAAAAAGAGGGAUCCUGCUCAUCCAAAGCCAAACAGAAGUGGUUAUAAUUUCUUUUUCGCUGAGCAGCAUGCAAGACUGAAGCCUCUUUACCCAGGGAGGGACAGAGAGAUCAGUAAGAUGAUUGGUGAACUAUGGAACAAGUUGAAGGAAUCUGAGAAAGCAGUUUAUCAGGAGAAAGCCAUUGAAGAUAAAGAAAGAUACAGAAUAGAAAUGGAAGAUUACAGGGAAAGAUUGAAAACAGGGCCAGUUAUUAGUGAUGCAGUUCCACUACAGCAAUGGCUACCUGAGCAGGAUAUAGAUAUGGUGGAUGCUAAUAUCAAGGCUGAUGAAGCAGGAGGGGACUCUCCUCAAACACUGGAUAAUGAUAGUAGUUCUGGCGCAAGUGAUUCCGAAGAUGAAGAUAAAACAGCAGAAAAGGAUUUGGAUAGGGCAGCAUCUCUCGAGGAGCAAUUUAAUGUUCACGCUGGUCACAAGGGUAUGGACGCUUCAGCUGAAACAGCUCCUUUUGAGCCAUCUAAUAGGGCAGGAAACAUUGGAGGUCAGAGUAUGGCAAUAGUUGGCAAUGAAAACUUGGAGAAUAUGGUAGCUGAAACAGGCACACAAGAAGUACCUGGCGAAGAACAAUGAAAUUCUCCAAGAAGUAGGAUUUACUCUGUGUUCAUUACAGCGUUCUUGAAUUGUGGCUAAAAUUACAUAUGAUAUUUUUCUUGAUAUUUCAUAUAUUCGUCUAGAACUUGCAUUUUAUUGUUUUCUAGUCCAUUAUGCUGUGAAAAAAAUAUAUACUGUUAGUUGAUGUAGGGAGGUGCAGAAGUUUGGCUGACUUAUGACAGUUUUGUAGGGAGGAGAGAAUUUUGGUGCAUUUAUUGAACAUACAUUGUGGUUGCUUCUCA